AUGUCUCCAGACAACCUCAUGCUAGCUCCCCCGUCCUCAGUGGAGCAAAGCAAAGGUGACUGUUCCAGGCCCAUCUUCACUUGCUACCUCAGACAGAUCCCUUCUCACUUCUGGCUCUGUUUCCUCAUCCAUGAAAUGACCCGGCCUGGGAACACUCUCUGCAUGGACUGCGGCGCUUCCCUCCAGAUGUGCCUGACUCAGGCCCCUGCUCCUCGCUCACACAGGCAUCUUCCCCUCCAUGGCUCCACCGGCUUCUGGAGGAGUGGAGCUCUCCUGUUGCUUCUCUUCCUCUCUUUGGAGCAGACUUCCACAUGGCACAGUGCCAAAAUCAAACACAAAGUGGGAGAGUGCCCCAGGAGAAGUAUGGAAUGCAGAGAUGGGGUUCUAACCUCGUGCAAAACAGACUUCAACUGUGAGGCGCAUCUCAAGUGUUGUCCGUCUGCCUGUGGGAAGAAGUGCAUAGAUCCUUAUGAAGAGCCCUGCAUGUUACCCUCAGACACAGGAGACUGCCAGGACAACCUGACUCGCUGGUACUUUGACUCUGAGAAGUACUUUUGCAGACCCUUCACAUACAGUGGCUGUCGUGGGAAUGCCAACAACUUCCUCAGCAAGACAGACUGCAAGAAUGCCUGCACUUUGCUUGUGAAGAAAGGACAAUGCCCACUCUUCCCUUUCCAAAUGCGAAUGGAGUGCCCGGCCGCCUGUAAGAACGACAUGGAUUGCCUGGAGAAGGAGAAGUGCUGUGAGUCCAAGUGUGGCUUCGUUUGUGCCAGGGCCUGGCUGGUCAAAACAGGCUUUUGCCCAAGUAAGCCCAUGACGUGUUCGAAGAUUGAUAAGCCCAAGUGUUUAAAGGACAAUGACUGUCCCCUGAAUGAGAAGUGCUGCACACGCUGUGGACUGAAGUGCUUGGAACCCAAAUUCUGA